AAGGGGACCGCGGGCAGCUUUUUAAAAGAGCUGCUGCCUCUGCCUCUCCACAGCGAGCGGACGAGAAAGAGCGAGAGAAAGAAAGAGGGAGACCUGAACGACUGAUUGGAGAUUCAUCCAAGCUCAGGACGCACAGACGGAGUUGCACAAUCAGCGCUCCAAAGGGACUUCAGACAGCAGAAAACCUCUUCUCAGUUCUGCCAUCCAAAUAGUCACCGCAAGUGGAUAUUGUCUGCGUCUCGAAAGACUUUUUGUUAAUUUCCUGAAAAAAAAACUCGCUCGUAUAGACGGGAUAGCUCGGAUUUUGAGGAAACUUCUGUAAAAAAGAAAGAAAAAAUCUUACUUAAGAAUGCAUCGCUCCACAGUGGUGUUACUUUUGUUAGUGAUGGCACUAUACUUCCUGAGCGCAGAAGCCUAUAAAUGCAGAUGCACCAGAAAAGGACCAAAGAUCCGAUACAAGGAUGUACAGAAGCUGGAGAUCAAACCCAAACACCCGUACUGCCAAGAGAAGAUGAUAUUCGUGACGAUGGAGAAUGUGUCUCGGUUCAAGGGCCAGGAGUACUGUCUUCAUCCCAAACUUCAGAGCACAAAGAAUCUGGUCAAAUGGUUCCGCAUCUGGAAGGACAAGCACAGGGUGUACGAAGCUUAAAACCUUGACUGGCCUGUACACACAGAUCAAGUGAGACAAAAAAAAAAAAAAAAAAUACAACAACACAACCAGGACUGUUUUUGUGAAGUACAAGUGGUUAUCUACAGAGAAACUGUGCUUCUCCUUCCUCUGCCUGAGCUCUGUCAAGCACAUCAAGAGAUAUCUAUAGUUUGUAUAUAAACUGGCGGGCUCGUUUUAGUCGGCCGUCAGCCUAGUUACAGUCACUCACUGUUCCACUCUUUACAACUGUAUUUCUAUUUGUCAAAUUGUGGAUGACACAUCACCAUCCAUGUUCAAACACUUCAAACACUUGUUCGGCUGUUAUUUAAAGGGACCUCUCUUUUGCUUUGGCUCUUAAAGUCAAGAAUGUGUAAGAAUAAGUCAUUUUGAACAAACAAGAAACUCUUACUAGGUUUUUCUGUUGUUGCUGUUUUUAUCUGUGUAAUAAAGAGGGUAUAUUUGUACUCAGCCAUCAUUUAAGAUAAAGGUUGGUCAUCAAAUUGCAGCGAUAAGGGUUCUCAAUGAGUUAUAUUCUCUGUAUCUGAGAAUCAGUCAGCGUGUGGGUACAUUUAAUACAACAUUUCCUUUUCUUUGAGAUCCACCACUGCGUGUGUGUGUGUGUGUGUGUGUGUGUGCGCGUGCGUGUGUGUGUGCGCGCGUGUGUGUGUGCAUGCAUGUGUAUUUACCAUCCUAUUCAUAUGUGUCAAACAAGCACACAACUCAGCAGCAACCAUUUGUAAAAUAUUUUAUCAGUUAGCCUGCAGGGUGUAGAUUCACUAGAUGAUAGAAUGAAAUAGAUCAUUUGUGCCAUUUCUACAGUUUGUUUAUUGGAGUUAGUUCAAAAACGUGAUAAAUAAAUACUCUAAGAUGGCAAAACCAUCUGCAGUUUACAUCAACUAUAGAUUAUGUCAUUGUAUGUUUUGUUUGGGUUCUUCCUCUUCAAAAUACAUGUGUAAUCAAGCAAUAUCUCAUUCAACCUGUUUUUUUUUCUAAACUACUAGAAUAUAACUACUGUAGUAUAAUGGCAUCCUUAAAGCAUGAGUCUUUGUUCAUGUCAAUCUCCACUUUUCUUAAUUUUAUGUCAAAUAUUUCAUAGCAGGUCAGUACAACAGCGACUCAAAUUAAAUUGCAGCUUAUCAAAAUGAAGAACCACAUCACCCGGUGCAAUGCUGUGGCUCACUGGCAUUUUUUUGUUGUUGUUUUUUUGAUGAUGACAGUACCCAGUUCAAAGCGAAAUAUUCUCAUGUGAGUAACUGACAGCUAAGAACAGCAAGGAGGAAUGUGCAUUAAGCUGAAAAUAUGAACAUUUUCAAGACAACUUAACAGAAAUCUCCAGCAUUUUGAAUCAUAAUCACUUUCCACACAGACAACAAGACGUAUACUUAAAGUCUAUGGCAUUUCUACUGCUAAUCAUUAUUUCUCGUAUGUCCUACACGGCUCAUUAUUCACUUGCUUUAUGAUUAUCUCUCCUCCAGUAAAUCUCCUGAACAAUACUAGCAUUUGUGUUAUUAUUUUUUCUGUUGAUACAUUUCAUGAUAACAACUGCUGGGUGUUGUCUCGUUGUCACCAAACAGAAUUCACGCACAACUAUAUUUGCAUAUACACCUUACCUUUUUGAGAAUGUGCAUUACUCUUGUUUGAUAUCUUAUAUAUAAAUAUAUAUAAAGAAGAAGCAUUUUGUAAAUGGACCAGUAUAGCCUAUAUGUUAGUGAGAAUGAAUUCACCUUAAGACUUUGUAGUGUCAUGUAUAUUAUGUUAUAUUACUGCAUUAUAGGUGUUUUUUUGCUAUUUAAACCUUGGUUUGGAAAACUUAUAUUUGGAGGAUGUGUGUUUGGACUGACCCACCAAACACAAUGUUAGAGAUUUCACUCUGAGUGUAAAACAUUAAAUAAGGCAAUAAAGUGUCUGUAGAGCA